UAAAUAAAUCAAAUAUAAAAUAAAUAUCUUGCAAAAUUCAAAAGCGCCACCAUCUCAAAGAAUUCGAACGAACCAAGUGCAUAUCAACAAAAACCAGAAUUUAGUGAAUCGAUCGUUCCGAAUUACCGGAGUGUCAGUGAAACCUUUGACAGGUCAAUUAAAACCUGGAAAUAUUCUUCCAUGUGCUCCAAAAUCCAGAAAAACCGGUAGAAACCCCUGAAUAAUGUCAAGAAAUUUAGACCUGUCAACUUUAUUCAGCGCCUGACAUCUCUGACGUGGAAAAACAUGGCAACGUGACAACAAAAUGGCGAAAGUGUGUCCGCAGACGUCAAGGACGACAGUCACCUUCAAUAGUUGAGAACUGAAAAAUCAUUCCAGUCUUUUGAAAAUCAAUCAAUAUCGAAGUGCCAGCUAGUCAAUAGUCAAUGAAAUAAGUGUGAAUUGAUAAAUCAAUGCUGAGAUGAAUCUUUGCGUCAUUUAUGGCGCCGCUGGGAAACUACGCGGUAGGAAAACGCAGUACGCCCAUCACGGGCUCUGCACCCCAAAUUACUGAUGAUCAAUGGCUUUAUUCGAGAAAAAAUACACGAAUAAAGUGUUGCUAGAUGAUACAGAGAAGCUGACAUGUGUCAUCGAAAAUGCUAGGACUAUUAACGGUCACACGGAAUAUGUGAUUAGGACACAGCGGGGUCCACUGCCUGAGAGAUCUUGGCGUGUUAGCAGACGGUACAAUGAAUUCGUUCAACUCAAUACAGCUUUAUCCCUGUCAGGGAUUGAGUUACCAUUGCCCCCUAAGAGAAUUAUUGGUAAUAUGGAUACUGACUUCAUAGCUCAGCGACAAAUUGGAUUGCAGAAUUAUUUAAAUACGGUACUAAUGAAUCCCAUAUUGGCAUCGUCGCUGCCAAUGAAACAUUUUCUCGAUCCCAACAACUACACGGCACCUCUGCACGAGAUAGCACUGCAACAGGUGUCCCUGGCACUCCGCAGCGAUGCAAAUUUCGAGAUUGGCAAACCGAUUGUGGAUAUGGGCUGGCGGUUGAGAAAGCACUAUUACACAGUAAAGAACCGUCAGAACCCGAAGCAAGAGCUCUUAUUAGCAUGGGUGGAGUUUGGACCAGACAAGCAUCUCCAAGACAAAGACAUGCAGGGUGUGUUUAAGAGUCUGGGGACUCUGAAGCAUGCAAACAUUGAAGGAAUUGUCCAUCAGCACGUGACAGACACAGGAGCCCUCACCAUAAGAAAUUUCCACCCCAAUGGCACCUUGAGGGACAUUUUAUGCAACACAAAACCAAAGCAACCGUUCAUCAAGAAGUACGGAAAUCCGAAACAACCAAAACCGCUGACCUCUUCGGAAAUAGCAACGUAUUCUUAUCAAAUAUUAGAGGCACUCAGUUAUUUACAUGAAAAGGGACUUCCUUAUGGACAUCUGCACACUGGAAAUGUUCUCAUCACUCCAACAGGCGCUAAAUUACUUGACAUCGAAAAUGGACUCCUUGGCCUGCCGACUUUCUACAGACCCUAUGUCGUUCAGAGGAGGAAACUCCACGCGACGACACAAGUAGACGUUUAUGCACUUGGUCAUGUGCUAUACGAGAUGGCAUUUGGCAGACCUCUGCUGGAAGCCACGUGCACAGAUCUGCCACACUGUGAUGUCCAUCUGAAGAACCUUCUGGAGGUGAUACUUUCGCCUGAAGCCUUGAAACAGGAUCUUCCCACGUUUUCAAGACUCCUGGAGCAUCCCUUCUUCGACAGCUCGAGGCGGGGAGGGAGCGCCGGUUGUUCUGUUGAAAAACCCCAUUUCAAGUUGAGUAGUCAUUUGAAGGAGGCACUCUUGGCUGCUGCCAAUAAGGCUGAACAGAGACUGAGGGACGAGCAGAAGGUGGCCAGGCAUCAGAAGAGACUCGUCAAGGUUCAGGAGAUGAUGACCUCCGAUGAAGAGAUGAAGAAACGAAAGCAUAAGUUGAAAAAAGAGCAGAAAUUAGCCCAAGAACAAAAAUCCUCGAGCCACCUGGGAAGUAAUGGAGUCAAACAGAUCAAUGGGAAAAGUCCGGAAAGAUCUGAUAGUCCUACUAGCACGUCCACCACGACCAGUGUCGGAACCUUGACACCUCCAUCGCACGGUUCUAACGAGCACCAAAAUCAAGGCCAUUCUUUGAGGAACAGCAAUAACACAAAUAACAACGUGAAACCUCCACCUCCACCAAUGCCAGUGCCAUCAGAGCAAUCAAAAAGUCAAUCCACAGCACCUGCGGUUGCAAAUGACAGAACUGCACUGCUCGGCAGUAUAUGUAAUUUCAAUAAAUCAAGUCUCCGCAAAGUCAUCAAUGGAGAUAAUUGAAGAUUGAUAAUCUGGAUCUAAAAGUAAUCUCAAAAUACAAAUCGAUGAUUUACUUGAAUUUGUCAGUGGAGUAGUAGAAAGGGGUGAGUACAAAAAUAUGGAACAGCUUUUUCUGCGAAUAUCUCGGAAAAUCUCCGAAAAGAUUAUUUUUUGAUCAUUGAACUAAAUAAAAAUUAAUAGCUUCAAAUCGUAUUGAGAUCGUUGAGAAAUUUCGAAAAUUCUUUGGGUGAAUUAGUAAAGCCUCAAUGAAAUUCUUCUGCUCUGGAACGUUUGCAAGAAUCUGUGAAUCAUUUCUGAAUCCAUCUCUUUCCGGUAUCUUCCACCAGAAAUAAUCGUCUGGGGGUGAAAAUACAGUGGCCUAGACGUAGCCUACGUCUUUAGUUUCCAUUCCAAAAAAAAAAAACAUAAAAAGCGAUAGCUACCUAAGAGUAUUAUCCCCAAUGUUAACUUUCCAAAAUCAUGUGCUAGUUGAUAAUUGAACUGAAUCCUUGAACAUCAGGAAUUCAAUUAUUUCGCCGAAAUGAAUUGAAAUUAUCUCCGCUUGUCUUCUUACUUUGUACCUUUU